AUGAACAAGUCUUUCAGGGGAGAGAUUAUGGAAAUCGGCACAUGGGUAGGAGCGCCAGGGAAGAAUGGAAUGCGGCGAGACUGGCUCAUUCGAAGCCAAGCAAAAGGUCACGUCUUUGCACGUGCAACAAGCACUUGGGUGAUGAUGAACCAAAAGACAAGGCGCCUCUCAAAGAUGCCAGAGGAGGUCAUGGCUGAGAUUUCACCUUGGUUUAUAGAGAAACAAGCUAUCCAAGAAGAUGUCCCAGAGAAAAUCUCUAAGUUGGACAGCAAAGCAAAAUAUGUGAACUCAAACUUGAAGACUAUCCCUGACCAGUUUUUGGUGUCUCAUCAACUUUCCAGUAUCAUCUUAGAGUACAGAAAGGAAUGUGGGGGUUCAAAUAUAGUUCAAUCACUCUGCAAACCUGACGAGGACGGCAUCCUUAAUAGUGGUUUGAAACAAAAUAAUGACAUGAGUCCUCUCAAUAGGUUCUCUUUGGCCUCAGAAAUCAUGGAAGGCAAUGGACUACUAGGAUCAUUGGAUAAUGUCCCUCUAAGAUAUACACAUCUCCUUCAAACCCAAGGAGAGACUAAAAAUGAAGAGAUUGUUAGAGGAAAAGACCAUAUGGAAGAAAAAGCAAUCUAA